AUGAAAGUCAAACUUCGUAACGGCAAAGAUGGUAGAUAUAAGCUGGCUGAAGUACCAGAGGUAUUUCGGACAAUGAAAAGAGCGCAAUCAGUAACGCCGCAGGCACUGCUCCCUGUCUUGCUUGAAGAGACAUCAUUAAGAGUCUUGGAAAGGGAAGAAAGCGAUAGAAAGACACUCGACUUCUUAAAAACCUAUUGGAAAAUAAUUUAUGCCAUUCUCUGGCCUCUAAGUCUAUUACCACUUUUAAUAAUUUACGAUUCUUCGGAAGUUAGAUGUGCCUUCGUCAUAUUGAUAAUGGCUGGAUACUGGAUAACAGAAGUAUUUCCCAUGGCAAUCACUUCAUUAUUACCUAUUGUCCUCUUCCCCUGUCUUGGUGUACUUACCACAGACGAAGCAUGUUCUUGUUAUAUGAACGAUACGAUAAUGGUCUUCAUAGGUGGUUUGAUACUUGCCGUAGCCAUCGAACAUUGCAACUUACAUCUUAGGAUUGCCCUUGGAGUUAUGAAAAUGGUCGGUUGUAGUCAUAGUCGACUACUUGGUGGUCUUUGCGUAGUCACCACUUUCAUAUCCAUGUGGGUUUCUAACACAGCUGCGACCGCUAUGAUGUUACCAAUUAUUUUCGCUAUCCUUCAGGAAUUAGAGGAGGCUGGAUUUGGUAAAAUGUUCAUAAAAGUGACUGACAUAAAAAGUCCUCAAGAACAAAUAUUAAAACCCUCUAAGGUCACUAUGAGCUAUCUUUUAAUUGUCGCAUAUUCUUCUACUUUUGGUGGAACGGGAACUCUCGUUGGUACCGGAACGAAUCUUACAUUCAAAGGAAUUUAUGAGAGUACCUUUCCUUUUGCCGAAGGAAUUAAUUUCACCGAUUGGAUGAUAGCUUCAUUUCCACAAAUGAUCGCCAAUUCUUUUCUCACUUGGCUUUACGUACGAAUAGCUUUUUUGGGAUAUUUAAGACCAAAGAGUAAGGAUGCCUUGGCAGCUACGAUAGGCACAGAAGGCGAAAAAAUUGCGAACAAUGUCGUAAAAGCGCGAUAUUCAGCUCUAGGUCCCAUCUCAUUUCACGAAAUCGGCGUUACUAUAUUAUUUUUAUUAUGUAUUUUCUUAUGGAUAUUUAGAAAACCUGGCUUCGUCUUUGGAUGGUCCGAACUUAUAACAGAUAUAGAGAUAAAGGAUUCGACACCAGUUAUACUUGUUUCAAUUCUUAUGUUCUUCAUACCAAAAAAUCCUUCUUUCAUUUAUUCUUGGAGCAAAAAUCCUGAAAAAAGACCAGUCAAAUCAUCGGAAGGCUUGAUAACUUGGAAAGUUAUUGAAACUAAAAUGCCAUGGAGCUUAAUGUUUUUACUAGGUAGUGGUUUUGCAAUUUCGAAAGGAAGUGUUCAUUCUUCCCUAGCUAAAACAAUCGGCCGAACUCUCACACCACUUAAAUCUUUACCACCUAUUAUUAUAAUGACAUUCAUCUGUUUCUUCGUGGGUAUAAUAACAGAAUUUACAUCGAACGUGGGCAUUGCCAAUAUAACAUUGCCAGUUAUUGCACAAAUGAGUAUAGCCAUGGAAUUACACCCUAUGUAUUUAAUGAUACCAGCUACGUUAAUGUGCUCAUUUUCAUUCCGACUACCAGUUGGUACCCCACCAAAUGCUCUCGUAACAGUCGCAGGUCAUAUUCCAACUAAAUGGUUGAUGAUGGCAGGAUGUCUACCCUCUCUUUACAGUUUAUUAGUACAAAUACUUUUAUUCUCAACAUGGGGUGUUUUUAUUUACGAUAUUGCCGAAUUUCCUGAUUGGGCUUCAGAUGUUACUAUAAAAGAUUAAUUAAAUUAAUUAUUUUACGU